CAGCGACUUGCCUAGCUUCGGCUCCGGGGGUGGGAGCGGGAAGGGGUGGAGGCGGCCCGGGUCUCGAGGUGCCCUACCAGGCGUCCAGAGGGACAUGACUGAAACGGCUGUAGGGGUUGCUGCGGGGCGGGAGGAGGAGAGCCUAGCGGAGGCUAAGGCUCCUGGCUCGGACAGCUUCACUACUGCCAAGGAGGAGCCGGAGGGCAAGCGGGCGAAUGGAACCCUCCAGGCCGCGGCGAACGGGCACCCGUUGUUGUGCGAGGCGGCCGCCGGCGACGCGGAGAACUUUGACAAGUCCCAGGCCGGGGAGGAGGAGGAGGAGCCCCGGGCCAGGCUGGUCCCCCUGCUUCUCGGUGGCGGCGGCGGGGACAAGGCCGAGGCGGAGACGGGGGCCCGCGGCCUGCGGACUGCGCUAUCCCCGCGGCGCUUCGUCGUGCUGCUCAUCUUCAGCCUGUACUCGCUGGUCAACGCCUUCCAGUGGAUCCAGUACAGCAUCAUCAGCAACGUGUUCGAGGACUUCUACGGCGUGCCCUUAACGGACAUCGACUGGCUGUCCAUGAUCUACAUGCUGGUCUACGUGCCGCUCAUCUUCCCGGCCACCUGGCUGCUGGACAAGUACGGCCUGCGCCUCACCGCGCUGCUGGGCGCCGGCUUCAACGCCCUGGGCGCCUGGGUCAAGUGUGGGAGCGUGGCCAGGGACCUCUACUGGGUCACCAUGCUGGGUCAGGUGUUCUGCUCCGUGUCGCAGGUGUUCAUCUUGGGCCUGCCCUCGCACGUAGCCUCCGUGUGGUUCGGGCCUCGGGAGGUGUCCACCGCCUGUGCCACGGCCGUGCUGGGGAACCAGCUUGGUGUUGCAGUCGGCUUUUUGUUACCACCAGUUUUGGUGCCCAACACAAAGAAUGACACAGUUCUCAUGUCCCACAAUAUCAACAUCAUGUUCUAUGGAACAGCAUCAGUUGCAACUCUUUUGUUCAUACUCACAGUAAUUGCUUUCAAAGAAAAGCCUCGGUAUCCACCAAGUGAAGCUCAAGCAGUUCUCCAACACAAUCCCCCAGAGUAUUCUUAUAAAAAAUCAAUAAUGAAUUUAUUUAAAAAUAUUCCCUUUGUGCUUUUGCUAGUUAGUUAUGGUAUUAUGACUGGGUCAUUUUAUUCAGUCUCAACACUGUUAAACCAAAUGAUCUUGACAUAUUAUGAGGGAGAAGAAAUCAGUGCUGGACUGAUUGGGCUUACUCUAGUUAUAGCAGGAAUGGUGGGCUCCAUUCUUUGUGGCUUGUGGCUGGAUUACACCAAAACAUACAAACAGACUACUCUAAUAGUUUACAUAUUGUCUUUUAUUGGAAUGAUUUUAUUUACUUUCACCUUGAACCUUGAACACCUUUUCAUUGUGUUUAUUACUGGAGGAGCACUUGGCUUCUUCAUGACUGGUUAUCUUCCCUUGGGUUUUGAAUUUGCUGUUGAAAUAACAUAUCCUGAAUCUGAGGGGACUUCAUCAGGUCUCCUGAAUGCUUCGGCACAGUUAUUUGGAAUUUUUUUUACAUUGGCUCAAGGAAAGCUUAUUUCAGAACAUGGCCCUUUAGCUGGAAAUCUUUUCCUUUGUGCAUGGACAUUUUUAGGCAUCAUUUUAACAGCAUUAAUUAAAUCUGAUCUGAAAAGACACAAUGUAAACUUAGGAGCUCGGAACAUGGAUAUUAAAGCUGUGCCUGUCAGCAGUCCUGAAGAAUGAAAAUCAAAAAACAUUUUGUUGGCCAAACAGUCAGAAUCAAAAAUUUGCAGUGAACAGAAAAAUUCAGUAGAAAUAAUGUGUAAAUUUUGUGUGAUACUAAGCAGGAUGAAUUGUAAUAAUCAGAUCUGUGUAUAAGCAGUCAGAAUUGAUCUGCAAGUUAUGGGAGAUGGAACUUUACUUGAAAAUAAUUAUGUGAAUUAUAAAUGCACAAUUACUUUUGCCUAAAAGAUGUUACAACAUUUUAACACUAUUUGUUAUUUAUCAAAGAGUUUUACAUUUUUUAUAAUAGCACAUCUCAGAAAAUAUGAGCAUUUAUGCAUUUACUUUUUGAAAAUGGAAUAUUUUUCUAUUUUUUUUAAACAGUGGCAACAGAGAACACAUUCUCAUUUGAUAUAUUUAAGAUUGUGACUUCUUUUCUAAGACAAUUCUUUUCUAAGAGAAUAAAUUCUCUUUCUAGCAAAGGAGAAACAAAAUGCUUUUAGUGUUUUAUUAUGGGCAUAGAUGAAAAUUAGGCAGCCUGGUUUUGGUGAAGAAAGAACUAACCUUGGAUUCUGAAUGGUGCAGUCUCAAGUCCUGCUUCUGCUUUAUCCAAGCUGAGUGGUCUCAGGGCCUUUAGACUAUAAGUUGCAAAAUAGUUGCUGAAUUGAAUUGAUAAAAGAAGUUUCCUCACCAGUAUUUCUCUGUAUUAAUGAAAUCACAGAUCCAGAUCCCUCCCCAAAUGUGUAAACAUGCCAGACUCUAAAAAUCCAGAACCUAAAUGUGUACUUAAUUGCUUAUUCAUGAUAUCUGCCAAUCUGUUAAUAUGUGCUUAUAGUAUACAAAACAUGAAGCUAGUGACCCACUAAGAGAGUUGUUUGUGCUUGGAGUUCUCUACUAACCAAUAGAAGUCUUCUAUUUCAUAUUAACUGUAAAAUAGCUGUCAAAAUUCUAUCCCGUGUUUUAUUAUGAGAGCAGUAGAAUAGCACUACACCACUUCUGUUUAGUCGUGAUAUGAUCACCUUGUGUUUUUUGUCUUAGAGGCUGCUAAGACAGAAAAACUCCAUUUACUUUAAAGUCAUAAGUUUUCUUAAUGAAGCCUCCUUUAAAUAUAGCUACUUCUUGGCACAAUUAUUGCAACUCUCCAAUUGCAAGACUUUGGAUUCUAUUUUCCUCACCAUCUACCAUGUACCCUUUUAGACAUUAUGCUAUGUAACACAGGUAUAACACUUAAGCCAAGGAGUUCUUCAUGAAUGUGUCAGAAGAGCUGUGUUAUUUACAAUAAUCUUAGGCAUUUACAAAGUCUUAAUAAAAAGGCAUUUACAAUAAUCUUAAA